CAUACCCAUCCAAUCACCUCGCCGGACCGGGGAAACCAAUGAACUAGGUCAGAUAGACCCGUCCUUCGACCUUCAUGGCCGGCCAACGAAUACAAUGGAAGGCCCAGGCUAUAUGAUCUAUUAAUCUCUAAUCCCUCUGCAUAGAGACGGCAAAACCAAACCAGCAGAGCCAUGGGAGGCCAGGUUUCAAAGCAAAAGUCAGUACUCCAACAAAAGCGGGCUCUGAAAGAUCUGAACGGCACAGAGGGAGUCGAUUUCCCCGGGUCAGACUACACCACAGCCGACGGCAAUCGCAAAGAAUGGAUGUCAAAGCUGAACCUGAACACAGUGCGGAUCAAAGACGUCGUUUGGCCCGGCACCCACGAUUCUGCGACAGAUAAAAUGGGCAUUCCACUGGUGUCCCGCCCGCUCGCCCGGUGCCAGAAAUGCUCCAUCUAUAAUCAACUGGUUGGUGGCACCAGAGUUCUGGACAUCCGGGUCGAAGCCUCACGACGGGUCUGCCACGGGAUACUGAAAAGCUAUAAGGUCGAUUUGGUCAUCCGGGACAUCAAACGGUUUCUGUCAGAGACGCAAUCGGAGUUUCUAAUUGUGGAGAUCCGAACAGAGUACGGGCACCAGGACCCGCCGGAGAUGGAAAAAUGGCUGAUGGACCAACUUGGGGAUUAUCUCAUACACCAGGACAAUCAUGUUUUUGAUAAAACGCUGGCUGAACUUCUGCCCAAAAGGGUGAUUUGCGUGUGGAAGCCGGCGGCCAAGGGGGCUGCUCCGCACCCGGGCUCUGCGCUCUGGAGCUCCGCUUAUUUGAAGGACGACUGGAUCGACACUGACCUUCCUUCAACCAAGUUCGAGAGCAAUUUGAGCAAAUUGGGGAGCCAUCCGCCUGUUUCGUCGCGUAAGUAUUUUUACCGGGUUGAGAAUACGGCCACUCCCCAGGCUAAUAACCCGGUCGUUUGCGUCAAGCCUGUGACGAAUCGUAUCAGAGGGUAUGCUAGAUUGUUCAUUUCUCAGGCGUUUAAGAAGGGUUAUGGUGAUCGGUUGCAGAUUUUUUCUUGUGAUUUCAUAGACGAUGAUUUUGUCGAUGCCUGUAUUGGAAUCACGCGGGCCAGAAUGGAAGGCAAGGCUUAGUUUUGUAUGUUCAUGAUUCUCUUCAUUGGUUUUUUCUAUGGCGUCGAUCUCUCUGUAGGUGUAUGGAUUGUAAAAGUAUUUGUUGCAAAUCCCAAGGUCAUGAGGAAUUACUGUUAGAAUGUUUUAGUCUCAUUGAUCGAAAGAGGAAAGAUUAGGUUUUUUCUUUUUGCCUGUAAUGAGCUGGAUGCCAUGGGAAUGUGCGGUCUUCAUUGAUUUGUACCGAGAACCUGGCUGAGUUCACUAGGCCCUACAUUCAUUAUGUAAAGUUGAUUUUUUCUUUGAUUGUAGCAUAUUAAGAGUGGGUUAUGUGUCUAA